UCUACAUGUCACGAGUAGUGACAGUAUUGUCUAAGUAAAUACGUUUAAUGUGAUUCUCGAAUAAUUCAGCACAAAGCUUAGAACUACAGCGGACAUGGUGCAGCGUCAGGAUUCCCGCCACCUCAAGCUGUCCCAACAAGACAGACGGACGCUCGCGUGGACACAAACUCCCAGUAGGCGACAAAUCCUUCCCGCCUACCCAAACUCUGCUGUGUAUGCAGACAAGCGCAUGACAACUUGUAAAUCAUGCGGAAGAUGUUUCGCAGACGCUGACGACUUGAACAAGCACGUGGCGCUCAAUCAUACUGGUUCUAAACCCGCCAUGUGUCACAUCUGUGGACAGAGGUUCGGCAGUGAACGUCAUUUGGCCUCCCACUUCCGAUUGCAUAAGGAACCCCGGCUUCAAGAGUUCAGCUAUCUCCGCCGACGGCAAAAUCGAGACCCAACGAGCGAAACACAGACGUCAUCAGAUACAACGGUCGGUAGUUUUAAUCGGAUACCCAAAGCUAUGAAGGGCUACGCGUCCGAUCCGUCCUUUGAUUUCCAGUCGUUUGGCACACAUCAGACAUUUCGUCCGAGUGAGGAGAAGAAUUCUAAAUUGAAAUUGCUUAGUGAAAUGUUCGAAGAUCCCGAAACGCCUCGAGUUAAAACAAGAGACGAAAAUGUUAAAUUUAGAGACGAUGGUGUUAAACCGAACAUUGAAAAGCUACCAAAGUUGUCUUCUAAUAUCGGUUCUUUAGUGAGCAAAACCACUCGACUGCCAUUUGGCAACGCAAGCGUGAAAACAGCGUCUAGAUUAAGCCUACCGAAGUUUGAUGCUGGGGGUAUCUCUGUGAUAGACUCCGUAAUGGGACCAGCACAAGUCAUAAAAACAAAUAAGAAAUCUCAUUUCGUUGAAGAUGCAGAAGAAGAGUUUAUUAAGCAUAGGAUGGAGGAAGUCUCACUUGCUGGUAGAACGCCAACUCCGAAGUCUUUCCGAUCUAUUUCUGGAAUCGAAAGGUAUAAAAAGCCGACAUAUUUGAAUAACAAUGAAUUCUGGGACAACGAAAGUCACGUGACCGGAAAACAGACUGUUCGUUCCCCGGUUUCCGGUUAUGAUCCGUAUGUUCGUGAAGACGCGAGUACCAAAAGCUGGCAAGGAAAGUCUGUGCGGUCCUUCCCAAGAUGAUAUUGUCAUGUACAAACAUACCGAACAUGUAUGGCUAGGCCGUGCAGAAUUUCACUGCAACUUAAAGGCGCACACGACAGGUUGAUGCAAUUAUUUAUAUUUUAUUUUAAUGCAUCAACAUUUUUAACUCAUUUAACUUUAAUGUUAAAAAAGACAAGUGAUAAAGUUACAGAUCAAAAAAUAUAAGCGGUAUAUUGGUGCUCUUUAACUGGGGAUUUUGUGGAUACGUAGCUAUUAAUUAAAACAAACGUGUAUACAGGUUUUUUUCUAUUUGUACCUGAAUCAUAAGCUGUUUUAUGGUUUUAGUAGUUUAAGUUAAAUGAGUUAAACAUGAAUUGCAUUAAAACUAAACAUUAUGUUAUUGCAUAAACCUAUAGUGCGCGCCUUUGAUAGACAAUAUAUCAUCAACCUGUAGUACGCGCCUUUGAUAGACAAUAUAUCAUCAACCUGUAGUGCGCGCCUUUGAUAGACAAUAUAUCAUCAACCUGUAGUGUGCGCCUUUGAUAGACAAUAUAUCAUCAACCUAUAGUGUGCGCCUUUGAUAGACAAUAUAUCAUUAACCUAUAGUGCGCGCCUUUGAUAGACAAUAUAUCAUCAUUCUUUCAUACGAAAUGUUUAAAAAUUGUCUAUCAAUCCAAUAUUUCGUAGUAUUGCCGAAAAAAUAAUUAUAUUUACAUUGAGCGGGGUUUUCAGAUCUGUUUUGAACAGUCUGUUUGACAUGCAUUUGCAUACAUCAAAGUUUAUAAGAUAUCUGUACCACUGGUCAAGAGUGGAAAAGUAGGAAAUGCAAGUUGUUUGAUUGGUAACCUAAAU